GUUGGGCUCCCGCCUGGAAGGGAGGCGGGAGGGAGUCCGGCUCCUGUUGUUUUCCGCGAGCGGGAGUGGGUGGCGGGCGCAGAGGGCGGGGUGCGCCCUCCCACCCCGGGCCGGGCGCUCCGGGGCCAGAACCGCGCCGGGAGCCCGGCGCAGCUCCCAGCCCCGGACUAAGGGCUCAGCCCAAGCAUCCUUCCUGGGGGCUGCGGAAAGCGGAGCUACUCGGUCGUUCCGAGGACUCGGGAGGAGCGCUCAGUACCCCGGGGGCCGGGGCCCUAGGGGCGGGGGCGCACGUCCACCCAGCCGGCGCCUGCGCUUCCUGAGGAGCCCCCGGCCGGCAUCGGGGGCGAGAUGGCCGCGGGCGUCCGGGCGUCUCGGCCGCAGGUCCUCGUCUGCCUCGGGGUGCUGCUGGCCCGCUGGGUCGCCGCAGGAUUAGAGGCUCCGGUCAUCGGAGAGGUUCACGAGAACGUUACUCUGCACUGUGGCAACAUCUCGGGACCAAGGGGCCUCGUGACCUGGUACCGGAAUGACUCGGAGCCUGUCUUCCUCCUGUCCUCCAAUUCCAGCUUCCGGCCGGCUGAGCCGCGCUUCUCUCUGGCCAAUGCCAGCUCGCUGCACAUCAAGGCGCUGAGGCUGCAGGAUGAGGGGAACUACACCUGCCGGGAGGUCCUGAAUGAGACGCGGUGGUUCCGAGUGUGGCUGCGGGUGGCCGGCGGUCCCUAUGAGGUUGAGGUCAACAUCUCCAGCACCGGCACGCUCCCCAAUGGCACCCUCUAUGCAGCCAAAGGCUCCCAGGUGGACUUCAGCUGCAGCAGUCGCUCUUGGCCUCCGCCAGUGGUUGAGUGGCAGUUCCGGGCCCCCGAUUCCAGCACUGAGCCCUUCGGAAACAACCUGACGGUCAGCAGCUUCAUUCUGCUGCUCAUGUCGCAAAACCUCCAAGGGAACUACACGUGUUUGGCCACGAACACGCUCAGUGGGAGACAGCGGAAGGUGACCACCGAGCUCCUGGUCUACUCACCCCCUCCGUCAGCCCCUCAGUGCCGGGCAGAGGUGUCACAAGGACAGCUCACGCUGCAGCUCACCUGUCGCUGGGACGGGGGAUACCCAGACCCGGACUUCCUAUGGACAGAAGAGCCAGGAGGUGUGGCCGUGGGGACGUCCAAGCUGGGGGUGGAGAUGCUGAACCAGUCCCAGCUGUCAGAUGGCAAGAAGUUCAAGUGUGUCGGGAGCCACGUAGUGGGUCCGGAGUUGGGAGCCAGCUGUGUGGUACAGAUCAGGAGUGCCUCCCUUGUCUCUGAGCCCAUGAAGACUUGCUUCGUGGGGGGCAAUGUGACGCUCACCUGCCAAGUGUCUGGAGCCUACCCCCCUGCCAAGAUCCUGUGGCUGAGGAACCUCACCCAGCCCGAGGUGGUCAUCCAGCCCAAUGGCCACUAUCUCAUCACCCAGAAUGGCCAGAGCUCCACACUCACCAUCCGCAACUGCUCCCAGGUCCUGGAUGAAGGCUACUACGUCUGUCAGGCCAAGAACCCCGUGGGGGUGCGGGAGGUGGACAUCUGGCUGAGUGUGAAAGAACCUUGGAAUAUUGGUGGGAUUGUGGGCACCAUCGUGAGCCUCCUUCUGCUGGGACUGGCCAUUAUCUCAGGGCUUAUGUUGUAUUACAGCCCUGUGUUCUGCUGGAAAGUAGGAAACACUUUCAGGGGGCAAGACACGGGUGAUGUCAUGGUUUUGGUGGAUUCAGAAGAAGAGGAAGUAGAGGAGGAAGAUGUGGCCGAAGAGGAGGAAGAAGAGGAGGAGGAAGCAGAUGAGAGGGAGGAGUCGCCAAAAGAAAUACAUAAGCAUGGCCACAUCCAUAGAGUGACCGCACUGGUGAAUGGGAAUGUAGACUGGAUGGGGAAUGGACUCCAGGCUCUGCAAGAUGACAGCAGUGAGGAGCAGAGUGACAUCGUUCAAGAAGAUAGGCCAGUUUGAAGAAGAGAACUGUCCUUCGUUAUCCUGUCUUGAAAGCUUUGACUUGACUCGCACCCCUGCCUGAGGACUUAAAAUGGUUUGGGACUCUCAGCAAAAAAGAAAAACACACACACGUAUAUUUCCUGCCCCCCUCCCUUUUUUUCCCUAAAUCGGUUGACUUGCUGUAAGUUUUCUCAUUGACGUUAAAAAGUAUCAGGAACGGGCAGUAUGGGGGGGAAAGGUGCGUUCGGCAUCUGAGGUGCCCCUUUUCACUGUGACUUCUGGCUUUAUCCAGCUUGACUGAUGCUGAUCUGGGGGGAGGCACUUGAGCUCUGUGCUCAGGGCUCU